CUUUCUUUUCCCUUUCCAUCAUAAUCUAUCGUAUAGACUGUGACAUGUCCAAGCUGUGCUGCCCUGCCCGUGCCAGAGCUGGAAAAUAACCCUCAGCCACAAUUUUAAUAAUCCGCUGGCGGAGUUUGAAAUCUAAUUGGUCCGACAAUUGCAAGCCAAAUUGUCGUUCACCAUUCACCCUAAUGGCUUCCAAAAAGCGAUCCCUCAGCAGUGAGGAAGACAACCCAGUCACCAAGAAGCGCAUCUUGUCCGACGAGAAUGGGGAACCUAUGGUUAAUGGCACUUCGGAACCACCAGAAUCAACAGACGGUGACAAACUUGAGAUCUUUCGCAAGGAGGCCAUAUAUCGUAGGAUGAAACAUUAUUUUCGUGAAUACGAACGCAGUCAAAACAGAGUUGUGGAACUGGAGCGAAAGAAGAAUACCUGUGAAAGUGGGUUGGCUGCUAUUUCGGCGUGUUGGUCGCAGCUUGUGGAUGCUAUUCGGCUACUUACAAAACCAGAAGAAUUUCCUUCAACGAUUAAUAGCGUGGAAGAGGUGUUUGACCUCACCGCGUAUUUUGAAGAUGAAGAUGCCCAACAGUUACAAAUCAACUUUGACAAUUACCGGAAUGUAACUUUCGCCCUCGUCUCCCGACUGGUCAACACGGGAGGAAUCACCGACCCCAACUUGCUUACCAAUGAGACGUAUCUAAAGUGGCAAAACACUCAAACAGAGUGUGCUGCUCUUAGGUCUCAACUCGAUCUUAUUCGUAAAAAAUUGCAGGAUAGUGAAGCUCUGACGGAAACCUACCGGGAACAACUUAACGCGGCGGAAAAUCGCUGUGAACGGCUCAAGAGCAAGUCGGUUCUCGCUAGCCACCCGCUAUCUGCCGAGACUACACAUGAUGAUAAAGGCGCAUCCUCUGAUAAAAUAUCGUCUCCCAUACAUACCACUGAUUCCGGCGGACAUGUCAACGGAAAUAUAGAUAUAUCAGCGGACGAUAAACCUUCUUACUGGCAAACUAUGGCCGAGGAACGGGAUAGACGCAUCACUGACUUAGAACGCCAAGUGACGGAGCUGAGAAAAGAAAAUUUCGACUUAACUUGCCAAAUUAAAUCACCGACCUUGGAGCUGUUGUCAGAAACCCCACAUUUCAAGGCUGCGAUCGAGAAGAUAUCUCAUCUACGGUUCUGCAACACUGAGCUGCAGUCUGACAUCGCUAACUUGAAGGAGGAGCUAGCAUUAGCAACGGAGGCACGCAUUACCGCUGAGGAUGCAAUACCAACCGAUUUUAGUCAACAAAUACAGGAAUUGAGAGCUAUGAUUACUCGCAAAGACACUGACAUUUCUCGACUUCGAGAGAUUCGUGACCAGCAACAAGCGGAACUGAACGAGCGGAAACAGAAGGAUGCCACAAAAAUAGCAUCUCUCGAACAGUACAAAGCUUUGGCUGACAAUCGCCACGACUUCAUUGAGAUCUUGAAAACCCAACUCAAGCUCUCUCACGCCCGACUUGCGGCUUCGACAGGCAACGAGGAUAUCAUGACGUUCCUCCUUGGAGACCAAUCUGAUCUCAAGUAUACCCAGGCUCUCCAGGAACGCCUCACUGCUGCUGAAGAGGAAUUAGCAGCGUGUCGUCAAGCAAUGUCGGCAUAUGAAACUGACCGUGCCGAUGCUGUUGCAGCUCAUGCCGAUACUUUGCGGCAGCUGUCUCAGGCGCGGGUAGAAUUACAGAAAUACCACUCGGUGUAUGGUGAUACGUCGGUUUCCGCCGAAUCCUCUGCUUUGAUGGAGCGUUUAAGACAAAAAGAAGAAGAAACGCACGCCCUUCGUUUGCAACAAUCGCAGCAUGCUGAGGCUGAAACUUCUCUGUAUGCCGAAUUGGACAAACUGUCUAUUGCAUGGGAGGGCCUAGAUCGUCAACUCAAGAAUAAGGUAUUCGACCUGUCAAGUUUAGAGGAUCGCUUAGUGAAAAGUGGACUUGACCGUGCCAAAUCUGAAAACAAGUACUAUCAAGCGGUUCGAGAGAAGGAAGCAAUAGAGGGCGAGCGCAAAGCUUUGCAGAGGGUCAUUGAUAAGCAUGAAAAGAUCCAGGAGCGAUAUAAGGAAACGGAGCAGAAUCUGCAGCAACAGAUAUCAGCGUGCAAACAAGAAUCGGAGUGCUAUCUUGUAGAUUUCCGGGCUACCGCGUCGAAACUGAGGGACAUGGAGUUAGAUAAUCACAGGCUCCGCAAUACUACCCAAGCUGUUGAGCAGAGUCUCGUCGAUAUUCGACAACAUGUCGCAGACCUGGAGAGUCAAUUGGAGUCCAAGAGGACCGAGUUGCGCAGACAAGAUGAAAAUAUAGCUCAUCUUAAGAAGGACCACGAGCGGCAAUUGACGAAGCAGAAGAUGGUCGUUGCGGCGACGGCAACUAAACCCGUCAAAGAUUCAGAGCUACAAGUUCAACUAGAUGAGGCUAUGUCUCUUCUGAAAUGCUCGACUUGUAAGCAAUCAAUGCGCACGAUUGUUCUCAGUAAAUGCAUGCACACAUUCUGUAAAGACUGCAUAGAUGCCCGACUAUCUACGCGACAACGCAAAUGUCCUUCCUGUAAUCUGGCUUUCGGACAAAACGAUGUUUUGCAGAUAUAUUUCCAAUGAUGAUGUUUAUUUUGUUAUUACUCACUUCAUAUUAUCUUAUGUAUGUUCCAACCAUUAU